GAUUGCCGGCCGAGCUAUUCAAACACGGCGGCGAAGAACUGAUAAGAAGCAUGCAUCAGCCUCUUUGCAAAAUAUGGUCGGAUGAAAGCAUGCCCAACGAUUGGAAUUUAAGUGUGCUAUGCCCAAUCCAUAAAAAAGGAGACCCCACAAUCUGCGCCAACUACCGUGGGAUAAGCCUCCUCAAUAUCGCAUAUAAGGUUCUGUCGAGCGUAUUGUGUGAAAGAUUAAAAGCAUUCGUUGGGUAUGCUUUCGUCCGACCAUAUUUUACAAAGAAGCUGUUGCAUGCUCCUUACCAGUUCUUCGCCGUCGUGUUUAAAUAGCUCGGCCGGCAAUCCGUCGGCCCCCGCCGCUUUGUUGUUCUUCAGGCGGGUAAUUGCUAUUCGAACUUCUGCAUGGUCGGGUAAUGGAACCUCUGCUCCAUCGUCAUCGAAUGGGGAAUAGGGUUCGCCUUCUCCUGGCGUUGUGCGUUCACUACCAUUCAGUAGACUGGAGAAGUGUUCCCUCCAUAAUUUAAGUAUGCUCUGGGUAUCGGCGACUAGAUCACCUGUUAUGGGUUCUACAAGAGUAUGAUCCGGUCUUGAAACCUUCUGUAAGCCGCCGCAUUUUUUCGUAGAAUUUUCGAGCAUUACCCCUGUCGGCCAGCUUAUCAAACUCUUGAUACUCACGUAUUUCGGGCUCUUUCUUUUUCUGACAGCAAAUGCGUCUCGCUUCAAACUUCAACUUUCGGUGUCUAUCCCAUCCCACACUUGUUGUGGUCGAUCGUAACGUUGCAAGGUAGGCAGCCUUUCUCUCCGCUGCGACACGGCACUCCUCGUCGUACCAGCUGUUCUGUUUCAUUUUCCGAAAACCAAUGGUUUCAUUAGCAGCUGUACGUAAGGAGUUUGAAAUGUUGUAUCACAGUUCCCUUGUGCCGAGUUGUUUACGAGUGCUCUCAGAGAGCAGGAGGGCAAGUCGAGUAGAAAAUCGUUCGGCUGUCUGUUGUGAUUGCUGCUUCUCGCCGUCGAACCUUCCUUGUGUUUGUUGACGUGCGCUUUUUGCUGCACAGAGGCGGGUGCCAAUCUUGGCUGCAACAAGAUAAUGGUCCGAGUCGAUGUUAGGACCUCGGAGCGUACGCAUGUCUAGAAUACUGGAUACGUCUAUCACAACAUGUCUAUCCGUCUAUCACAACAUGAUCGAUCUGGUUGGUGGUUUUUCGAUCCGGAGACAGCCAGGUAACUUGAUGUAUUUUCUUGUGCUGGAAUCUAGCCAUAUUUCGAGUCCUGGCGAAGUCGAUCAGCCUCAACCCAUUUGGUGAUGUUUCGUCAUGGGGGCUGAAUUUACCGACCGUAGCGCCAAAGAUACCUUCUUUGCCCACCCUGGCGUUAAAGUCGCCAAGUACGAUUUUGAUAUCGUGGCGGGGGCAGCUCUCAUAGGCGCGCUCCAAGCGUUCAUAGAAGGCAUCUUUGGUCACAUCGUCCUUCUCUUCUGUCGGGGCCUGGGCGCAAAUCAGCGAUAUGCUGAAGAACCUCGCUUUGAUGCGAACUGUGGCUAGACGUUCAUUCACCGGAGUGAAUGAUAGUACUCGGCGACGGAGUCUGUAUCCCACCACGAAUCCCACACCAAACUUUCGCUCCUUUAUAUGGCCACUAUAGUAAAUGCCACAAGGACCUACUUGUCUCAGUCCUUGCCACGUCCAUCGCAUUUCUUGGACGGCGGUGCUGUCAGCCUUUAUUUUCGUGAGGACAUCAACCAGCUGGGCAACGGCGAAUCCCAAUUAAUUCGCAGUUUUUAUUUCGUUUGCCAUGGUCGUCAUCCGAGGCUGAUUGCUAAUUUUCAUUGGGGGUGUUUUUUACAUGGCGGGUCCCAAACCUAGCGCACAACUCUAUGAAGGGGAUGUUUCGCCUUCUCACUUUAGUUCGCCUUCAAACGGAUGUUAUUAGGCUACCCAGAGGAUACUUGGUUAGAGACCGGAAGUCGUGAGCUGCUUGAGCCAAAUGUAAAAGAAUCGUUUCUGGCCACUCCCAAGUGAAUGGCGAUCAGAGAACUUUCCUCACUUGCGUGAAAUUCUACACAUGACUCCAUUCUCCAUGUGUAAUAUACAUACAUGUACACAUGUAUAUGUAAUAGAAAUUCAGAGAAAUUCCUUGUUUGACAAAUUUGUAUGUACAUAAUACGAGUAUAUAAGAACAAUUUAUAGAAGAGAUUUCUUGAGCAGUUCCAACAACAAAGAGUAUCUUUAAUCUGGAUCAGUAUAAAAACUUUUGUAUUGGGUUAGCGAAUAGUAAUUUUAAAACUCGUGUUUAAAAUCUAUGCGUGUUUUUAUAUUAUAUAUCUGCUAAUAUCAGGAAAUAGGGGGAAAACUCAAAUUUACCUCUACAUACAUAUGUAUAUACAAAUUAUAAGUGUAUUUCUCUUUGUGAACUAGUGCAUUUAAUGAGGAAAUUAGAAUGAAUUUGUAGGUGCGAUAACUUUGUGUACAUUCGCUUAUGUUCGUAUGUAUGUAUGUAUAUAAGUAAACAAAUAAUGCACUUACAUACAUUCACACACAAGUUGAGUGGAGUGGAGUCGUCUCAUCAAUGACGUACAAUGGGCGAUGGCACGAGCGAAGUCAUCUAUUUUUGGAAACCUCUUAUUUAAAUAUGAGCAUCUGCUCAAACCCCAGACUCCACAGUUACAAAAAUAGGCGGGAGCUACAAAGUCUACGUUGUGUCAGUCCAACACAGGAAAUACGGCGAAAAAUCGAAACAUCACAACGUUGCUUAAAUCAUUCCGCUUGUGAUUACGCACUCAGCGAUCCAGUUUUAAUAGUCAUUACUUUAACAGCGGUAGUUGGUUCAUUUUGUUUACUAAGCGGAUUAAUUAUUUUGUGUGCAGUUUCCAAAACACUGCACGAUCAAACAUCGGAGGCAAUUCUUCUAUUGGGUAUUGGUUUCUUCAUCUACGCAAUUGCUUUUGUUGCUUGGAAAAUAACGAAUGCCAGAAGGAUCGCUCAUAUAAUCGAAGCGCUUAAUAAAGAAACCACAUCAGCCCUUGUGUAAAAACGUAUGAUCGAGACAGAUUUUCUUCAAAAGCCUAAGCCUAGACGAAAUAGUGAAUGUUUAUAAACGAAAUUGCAGUACAAUAAUAUUUAUUUUUAUAGAAUUUAGAACUUAAUGAAUGUGACGCGAAUUUGUAUGUAUGUUAGACUAUAAGUUUAUCAUGAUAUUCAUUAAAUAUUACUGCAGAAGUUCUAAUAGAAAGAGUCUGAAUCUGUCAAUAAAAUCAGGAGUUUUAAAAUGUGUAGUUGAGAAUUCAUUCCAGCACUCUCUUCAAUGGAUAUGUGAUCCAUAAAGCAAUUCAACUUCAGAUCAACUAAAUACUCUUUUGGUAUUAACGACUACAUCUAAUCUCACUCGAAGUUUCACUGAUGUUGCUAAUCUAAAUAAAUGAAAACAACUGAAUAUUUUUAAAAGAAAAAUCAAAACAAACCAAUUCAGUUAUUGCCUACGAAAGGGUGAAUAAUUAUUAAAAUGGAUAAAACCACUUAUACAAGGUCUGUCGCAAAAGAAACAGAACUUUUUAAAUAUAACUGUUUCUGGUGGCGCCACCUAUUGGUAAAAUUUUAAGACAAUUGGAUAACUACAAUCGAUGUUAACGAUCAAAAAGUGACUGCAGCUUUUGGUCAAAAGCAAGUAUUAAAUUUUGUUUUAAACUACUGAAACAUUUCAAAUGAUGAAAAAAGUUUAUGGUGAUCAGUGCCUAUCCCGUAGUAAUGUGCAUGAGUGGUUUAAGCGAUUCCAAAAAGGUCGUGAGGACCUCUGUGACGAUCAGAAGUCGGGCCGGCUAAAAUCAGUGAUUACCCAAAACAAUAUUGAAAAAGUGCAGGAAUCUAUUAAGAAUGAGCAGAAAUCUUCUUUGCGUUACAUGGAAAUGGAGUUAAAUAUAACCAAGGACUCCAUUCAUCGCAUUUUGAUAGAUAAAUUGGAUCUACGGAAGGCGUGCUCCAAGUUUGUUCCGCACAAAUUGACUGAAGAGCAAACAUUGCUACGAAUCCAACAUUGUAAGGAUUUGAUUAAGGAGUCAAGAAAGGACAUAAACUACAAAUAUUCGAUUGUGACUGGUGAUAAAACGUGGUGCUUUUAAUAUGAUCCCGAAACCAAAAGUCAAAGUGCCGAAUGGAAGCAUCCAGACCAGCCAUCACCGAAAAAAAGUCGUCUCCAGAAGUCAAAAAUAAAGACAAUGCUGAUUUGUUUUUACGAUUCGGAUGGUAUUGUACACCGAGAGUUUGUCCCACCUGGCCAAACGAUUAAUGCUGUGUUUUAACUUGGUGUUAUGAAGCGUCUUUUGUCACGCAUUCGUCGUGCUCGACCACAAUACCGUGAGGCAGGGUCACGGUCGACGCUUGUCACUGAUUUUUUGACAAAAAACUCCAUAUUAACCAUUAAUCACUCACCCUACUCACCUGAUCUGGCACCCUGUGAUUUUUACCUAUUUGGAAACUUCAUUUGCCCAUGAAAGGCACUGGUUUCAGGACAUUUCAGCUAUCCAAAAUGCGACGACCGAUAUUCUCAAGAGCAAUCCAAAAAAUUACCUUAAACACUAAUUUUAAAUAAUUUAAUAACAAAACCAUAAUUUGACUUAUAUUUUUGAUCUCCCAUGAGAAAGGAUUUUAUUUUUUGCUGAAUGAGACAGGAAGGAACUUCCCAAAACGUACCUCUUCCUUUGGCAAUAUUUUAAUCUGAAUUUGAGUUGAUAUUGAAAAUACCAAACUGACUUAUAAAUCGUAAUAAAAGCUUUAUAGAGUUUUCUUUUCUCUCAAAAAUGUUGCAUUUAUUCUUUCCUAUGUUCGAGCUAUUAAAUUUGAGGGAGAUUUUUUCUCAAUAUUUUUUUCAGAUUCGUUUAUUUUUUUUUAACUUGUUGCCGUCUAACCAGAAUCCUCAAUACGUAAGGGUAGGAUGUGCACAGCGGAUUUUUACUCAUCGUUUUUGAUACGAGAAGGUUAUUUUUGAAACCAAGUUUUUCUCCUAAUUAUUGUGAAUCGUUCAAUUACUAAGUGUUUGUUUGUUAUUUUGUCAUGUAAAAAAUAAAGCAUUUUUAGAAGGUUUAAUAGAGCAUUUAUGUAAUGUUGCCAUAUAUGUAAUUAGGCAACAUCUGUAUAGAGAAAAGCAAACGCUAUUAUUUUCACUGUUUGAUAUAAUCUUCUUCAAAGUGUUCGUCAGUGAAACUCAAACCGGCAAAUGCAUACAUGGUACUUGUAUGUAUGUGAGCUCGGAAAUCCAUAUUAAUUUAUUUUUACAUAUAGACAUAUACAUAGUAUAUUAUAUAUCCCAUAUCCCAAAAAAUUGUCCUCUUGAGCAUACAGUCCAGAGACUCAUCCAGGAAAUUAAACGCCAUCAGAACGGGUGUGCCUCAAUUUCCGACUUAAAACUUCAAUAUUCGCCCAACUACUGAACAUGUAAACAAAUGUAUGGUAUGUAGGAUGUAUGUACAUAUAUACAGUGAAUUGAUGGAGUUCUUUGCAAUUGUAUGAGAAUAAAUUUAAUUUGUUUAAGCCAAUCUUUUAGUUUUUAAGAAAUCGAUCUAAUUAAAAAAUCCUUGAGGUACUUAGUCAUUACGUAAGGAUUUUUAACUGGUUAACAACUAAAAUAUGUGAACACAUGUAUCUCUGUAUGAUUUAGUCAAUGUAAUUCUUAUAGAGUUGUAGUUGAGGGCAACCGAUCAAUCCUAAAUAUAUACACCAUAUAUGCUUAUAUGUUGAUACUCUUAAAACAUUUUAUGUCAUCUUAAAAUAUGUCGUUUUAAACUAAAUGUUUUGAAUACAAAUAUAAAUAUGUCUACAUUUUUGAAUCUAAAAAGUUUGUUUUUAGUUUUAAUGCUAUUAUCUAAAUAUUAAUAAUAAUAAUAUUAAGGGAUUAUCUCAGAACUAGUUCCUUGCAAUAAGCUUUGUGCCAAGGAAUAAUAUCAAAAGUGCUAUGUACGCUUGUCUUUCUGAAGUACG